AUGCCAUACGGAAAGGUUGACGAGCUCGCCAUCAACACCAUCCGCACCCUCGCGGUCGAUGCGACGGCCGCCGCCAACUCCGGCCAUCCUGGCGCCCCCAUGGGCAUGGCCCCCGUGGCCCACGUCCUGUUCAACAAGUUCAUGACCUUCAACCCUAAGAACCCCGACUGGCUCAACCGCGACCGCUUCGUCCUAUCGUGCGUACCCUAUGCUUUCCUCUAUAUUUCUAUCCCCGCGGCGGACAUGUCAAUUGCACAUUCCUGCAGGCGGUGUGACCUGAACCCCUUCUCCGCGGGCCAUCUCGAGCUUGAGACAGUUGUUUUUCUUGUCUCUGCAAUGCCCUGUCAUGUCAACGGCCACGGAUGCAUGCUCCAGUAUGCCCUGCUCCACCUUUUCGGCUAUGCUCUCAGCAUUGACGACCUGAAGGCCUUCCGUCAACUCGGCAGCAUCACCCCAGGUCACCCCGAAGCUCACGACACUCCCGGUGUCGAGGUCACCACCGGCCCUCUUGGUCAGGGGUUCUCUAAUGCCGUCGGUCUUGCUGUUGCGCAGGCGCACACUGCCGCCGUCUUCAACAAGCCUGGCUACGAUCUGAUCAACAACUACACCUACUGCUUCUUCGGCGAUGGGUGUGCCAUGGAGGGCAUUGCCAGCGAGGCUGCCUCUGCUGCUGGCCACUUGCAGCUCGGAAACCUGAUCGCUAUCUACGAUGACAACCACAUCUCCAUCGACGGCGACAUUAAGUGCGCAUUCACUGAAGAUGUCAUGAAGCGCUUCGAGGCCUACGGCUGGCAUACGCAGUGGGUGGAGGAUGGUGACCACGACCUGGAAGGCAUUGAGGCCGCCAUUGCCAAAGCCAAGGAGGUCAAGGACAAGCCAUCAGUCAUCAAGCUCACCACCACCAUCGGUUUCGGGUCCAAGCUCCAGGGAACUGGCGGCGUGCACGGAAACCCCUUGAAGGCCGAUGAUAUCAAGCAGGUCAAGGCCAAGUUCGGUUUCGACCCAGAGAAGACGUUCGUCGUCCCUCAGGAGGUGUACGACAUGUACCACAAGCACGCCGCCGAUGGCGCCGCCGCUGAGCAAGAGUGGAAUAAGCUCUUCGAGAAGUACGGAUCAGAACACAAGGAACUUCACGAUGACCUUGCCCGAAGGUUAACCCGCGACCUGCCAGAGGGCUGGCAAAACAAGCUCCCCACAUACAAGCCCACGGAUCCCGCCAUUGCCUCCCGAAAGCUUUCCGAGACCGUCUUGGAGGCUAUCCACGACAUUAUCCCAGAACUCAUCUCCGGUUCCGCAGAUUUGACGGGCUCCAACAACACCCGCUGGAAGAAUGCCAUCGACUUCCAGCCUCCUAGCCUUGGCAUUGGCGACUACACUGGACGAUAUAUGAGGUACGGUGUCCGUGAGCACGCCAUGGCUGCCAUGAUGAAUGGUAUGUCGGCCUAUGGAACCACGAUCCCUGCCGGUGGCACUUUCCUAAACUUCGUCUCCUAUGCCGCCGGUGCUGUCCGUCUAUCCUCUCUCUCCCACCAGCGCGUCAUCUACAUCGCUACCCACGAUUCCAUUGGUCUUGGAGAGGACGGCCCAACACAUCAGCCCAUCGAGACGCUUGCCCAUUUCCGUGCCCUGCCAAAUAUGAUGGUCUGGCGUCCGGCCGACGGCAACGAGACCUCCGCCGCAUACUAUAUGGCACUUACCUCCAAAGGUACGCCCUCCAUCCUUGCUCUUACCCGCCAAAACCUGCCGCAGCUCGAGGGCUCGACCAUCGAAAAGGCCAUAAAGGGUGGCUACGUCGCUCUCGAAGACAGCUCCGCCGCUAUCACUCUCGUGUCCACGGGCUCGGAGGUUGGUAUCUGUCUUGAAGCGGUUAAGACGCUGAAGUCCCAGAACAUUGCAGCCCGUGUUGUCUCGCUGCCUUGUGUCGAGGUCUUCGACGCCCAAGAUAAGGAAUACAAACUCUCUGUCAUUCCAGACGGUAUCCCCGCUAUGUCUGUCGAAGUCAUGUCCACGCUAGGUUGGGAGAAGUACUCCCAUGAGCAGUUUGGGUUGAAUAGGUUUGGCGCUAGUGGGCCUUAUAAGGAGGUUUAUGCGAAAUUCGAAUUCACUCCCGAAGGUAUCGCCAAGCGCGCCGUCGCGACCAUCGACUUCUACAAGGACGUCAAGCCGCUGCGUUCUCCGAUUAACCGCGCUUUCCAGCAGCUCAUCUAG